CUCAGCUGCAGUUCAUGUUUGUUUUUCCUGCUGAUUUUAAAAAGGAGAGAAUCUUAAAUAUACGACACAGUUUUUCUAAGCCCUCAGAAUCCAUAUGUAAUACCUCUCUGAGUGGAUGUCUCUAAAGAACCCUUGGUGUCUGUGUUUUUCACGGCCUGCUCGAUGGGUCGUGCUCGGCGCUCUGCUGAUAAGCCUGGACUCUGGGAGCAGCUAGCUGCUAGCUAGUUACGCAGUAGCAUUUCGGCGUCGGGCAGCUAGUGAAACAUUGAACCAAAGCCUUAGACCCCGUUCCUCUCUGCCCCCCCUAAGAACAGGAACCCUGUCCGGGGACACCGGGGAGGAUCCUCAGAGAUAGAGUCUGAUGUUAGAGACACACUGCGGGCUUUCAUCAGCCGACACAGUCUAACUGAUCUAACCAGCUAACUGUUAGCCUGUUAGCCUGAUAGCCUGUUAGCUUGUUAGCCUGAUGGAACAACUGGAGAGCGACUCGAUCACGGAAGCUUAGACUGUGCAUGGAGACGGACGGAGCGCAGUGGGUGUGAGCAGCCAAUCAGAGGAGUCCGUUGGUAGCAUCAUGGCGUCCCGUCAGAGGAACUCGGUCCGGAUCCUGUCGAGCCGGGAGCGCGGCUCUCAGUCAUUCGGCUCUCAGAGACUCCUGCAGCUGCUGGUGGAGGAGAAGGUCCGCUGGAUGAAGUGGCAGAGUCAGAAAGUGGAGCUGCCGGACAGCCCUCGCUCUACCUUCCUGCUGGCCUUCAGCCCUGACAGGACGCUCAUGGCCUCCACACACGUCAACCACAACAUUUACAUAACGGAGGUGAAGACUGGAAAGUGCCUACAUUCCCUAGUGGGCCACCGUAGAACCCCCUGGUGUGUGACCUUUCACCCCACAAUCCCCGGCCUGGUGGCCUCCGGGUGCCUUGAUGGCGAAGUCCGCAUCUGGGACCUCCAUGGCGGCAGUGAGAGCUGGUUCACAGAGAGUAACGUUGCCAUCGCCUCCCUGGCCUUCCACCCGACCGCUCAGCUGCUCCUCAUCGCCACCAACAACGAGCUUCACUUCUGGGACUGGAGCCGCCCGGAACCCUUCGCCGUGGUGAAGACGGGCAGCGACACCGAGAGAGUCCGGUUGGUGAGGUUCGAUCCUCUCGGUCACAACCUGCUGACGGCGAUCGUGAAUCCAUCCAAUCAGCAGAACGAGGAGGACUCUGAGGUCCCCAUGGACAGCGUAGAGAUGCCUCACUUCCGUCAGCGCUCCUUCCUGCCUUCACAGCCGGUGCGCCGCACGCCCAUCCUCCACAACUUCUUGCACAUCCUGUCGUCUCGCUCGCCGGGCGCUCAGGCGGGAGGAGAGCAGCCCCGCCCCCUGGGUGACGGAGGAGGCAGCGUGGGAGAGUCUCCCAGCAUCCCUCUGGCUCAGUACCCCGGUCCUGAGCGGGGGCCCCCCUUCCCGGGUUGCACCCAGCACCUGGGCAUGGUGUGUCUGUGCAGCCGCUGCUCCAUCAGUCGGAGCCCCUCCCUCUCCGCCAACACCGCCCCCCCUGAAGUCCCAGCGCCCCCCUCAGCCUCCACCUUCUCCUCCGCCCGCACGGAGCCCAGGCAGCCAUCGGAGCGACCCUCCGCCUUCACCUCCGUCUACUACAGCGCCGGCUCUUCUAUCAGCACCACCGCACCCAGCAUGGACCCUCACUCCACCCCCAGACCCGGACCGGACUGGACCCGCAGCCUGCUCAGUAUGAGGGAAGGAGGGGUCGGUCCAGGUGUGCUGCCUCCCCGGACCUCCUCCUCCUCCAUCAGCCUGCUGUCGGUGCUGCGGCAGCAGGACGGCUCCUCUCAGUCCCCCGUCUACACCUCUGCCUCUGAGGGGCGGGGCUUCCCUCAGCCAGGUGAGCCUGGGGGGCGGGAUGGAGCCGGCACAAGCAGCGGACACCACCCGUUCUGGGACGGCUCUCGCAGCAACACGGCGUCCUUCAGGAACGUGUUGCAGUGCAACCUGAGCCGCUACUUCAUGGAGUUCGACCGCAUGCAGGACCUGGAGCCGCCUUUAGGGGGCGGUCUAGGAGAGGGGGGGCAGGAGCAGAGCCAAGAACUGCUGAAUAAUAACAUGGACCCAGAUAGACCUGGGCCUUCAUCCUCCUCCUCCUCUUCUCCCACCAUCAUCCACUACCAGCCCCCCCUCCCUCCUCCCCCGUCCUCUCACAGCCUGGAGAACAACGUCCCGCCCCCCUCCUCCCGGGGACACCUGAACCGUUGCCGGGCCUGCCACAACCUGCUCACCUUCAACCACGACUCCCAGCGCUGGGAGCGCACCAACCAGGCCUCCUCCACCUCCGCCUCCAGUCUGGACCCCUCCUCCUCCUCCUCCUCCUUUCCUCCCUCCUCGUCCCCUUGGCAGCCCGACGAGAGCAGGAGGACGCUAGAAGUCCAACCCACAGAGAGGAGGGGUCCUCCGGAGCCCAGCGAGCAGCCUCCGCCCCCCGGAGGAGGUGCAGGAGCAGGACCAGUGGCCUUCCCCAUAGCUCCGACCCCCAGCCAGCCCGGGGAGCAGACGGUGGGUCUGGUCUACAACCAGGACACGGCGCAGUGGGAGCGGGUGUACCGGCAGGCGGCUGCCGGGAGGUCGGCCGAGCCGCCGGAGGCCUUAAGCCAAGAAAUGCCUGUCGACCCCCCUGACGAGGACUCACUCAGGAGGCGACUUUUGGAAUCGUCCCUGUUAUCGUUGUCUCGUUACGACAUGUCAGGAUCCAGAGACCACCCCAUCUACCCGGACCCAGCCAGACUGUCUCCAGCUGCUUACUACGCCCAGAGGAUGAUCCAGUAUCUGUCGAGGAGGGACAGCAUCCGUCAGCGGUCCCUCCGCUACCAACAGAACCGCCUCCGGGCCAUGUCCUCUUCAUCCGACAGCCCCGCGAGCAACCCCUCCAACUCCAUGGACAACAGCGACGUGGACUUUGAGGAGCUGGAUGACAACGGAGACCGAGCGAGACACAGGACUCCUCGGAACGCCAGGAUGUCUGCUCCCUCUCUGGGUCGCUUCGUCCCACGGCGGUUCCUCCUCCCCGAGUACCUUCCCUACGCCGGAAUCUUCCAUGAGAGAGGGCAGCCGGGCCUCGCCACACACUCCUCUGUCAACAGAGUGCUCGCUGGAGCGUCUAUUGGAGACGGUCAGUCUGCGGUUGCUAGCAACAUUGCUAACACCACCUACCGCCUGCAGUGGUGGGACUUCACCAAAUUCGACCUUCCUGAGAUCAGCAACGCCUCCGUCAACGUUCUGGUGCCAAACUGUAAAAUCUACAACGAUGCGAGCUGCGACAUCUCUGCAGACGGUCAGCUGCUGGCCGUCUUCAUUCCCAGCAGCCAGCGGGGUUUCCCAGACGAAGGCAUCCUGGCCAUCUACUCUCUGGCUCCUCACAACCUGGGAGAGAUGCUGUACACCAAGAGAUUCGGACCAAACGCCAUCUCUGUCAGUCUGUCUCCGAUGGGCUGCUACGUGAUGGUGGGCCUGGCCUCCCGCAGGAUCCUGCUGCAUCCCACCACCGACCACAUGGUGGCGCAAGUCUUCCGCCUGCAGCAGCCUCACGGGGGAGAGACGUCCAUCAGGAUGGUGUUUAACGUGGUCUACCCCAUGGCUCCAGACCAGCGGCGCCACGUCAGCAUCAACUCUGCCCGCUGGCUGCCGGACCCUGGGAUGGGUCUGGCUUAUGGAACCAACAAAGGAGACCUGGUGAUCUGCCGGCCCGUGUUCUAUCGGAGUGACGGUGAGAGCCCUGCAGAGUCGAGCAGUGAACCUUUAUUCUCCGUCAACAACAGUGGAACCAGCCGGACCCGGGGUUCUGACAGACCGGGGCCGAACCGCUCUGGUUGGAGGCUGGACCGAGACAUGGGCUUGAUGAAUGCGAUUGGUCUACAGCCCCGACACCCCGCCCCCUCAGUGACAUCACAAGGAACCCAGACGCCAAUCAUCCAGCUGCAGAACGCCGAGACUCAAACGGAGAGGGACCUAUCAGAGCCCAGUGGUUCCCAACCCCCGACCAGUACUGAC